ACAUUUCAACGGUGACUGCCCCACCUCUGAUAGGAGCCAUUCUCUGGAGCCAAACUCCUCAGUGGGUAGUUCAGAUGACAGUGAGAUGGAUUCACAAGGAUCUGGUGUUACACAUCAAAGACCAAAGUGUGACAUAUGUGUGGGGCGCAUUCACAAAGCUGUGAAGUUCUGCAAGGAUUGUAAGGUUGCAUACUGUGAGGACCAUGUUAGAGACCACGAAAAGGUCCCAGGACUGAUGCAACACACGUUAGUGGAUGCCACUGACGACCACGGCCAUGUUGAAAUAGAAAGGACUUCAGCUCAGGUUGGCUUACGGAAAAAAACCUUAGGCCUUCUCUGGAUCCUCAUACCCUCACUUCUGGGUCUGGGACGACUUUGGUAUCAUAUGAGUCCCACAGUGGAUGGUAAGGUGAGGCUUGACAUGAGGAUUGUUCUGCUGGGUAAGACUGGAUCAGGGAAGAGUUCAACAGGAAACACCAUCCUGGGGAGAGAGGCGUUUCGAGCAGAGGCUUCUCCAGUGUCUGUGACCACACAGUGUGAGAAACAAAAUGUUGUUAUCGGCCAGAAUAGAAUAACAGUGAUUGACACCCCAGGUAUCUUGGGCACGUUGUUGCAACCUGAUGAAGUUAUGGUUAAAACUGCUGAAUGCAUUAACACCACACCUCAUGCCUUCCUAUUGGUGACCAGGCUGGGGGAAUUCACAGAUGAGGACAGAAAGUCAGUACAAUGGAUCCAGGAACAUUUUGGAGAGGAGGCUUUAAAGUACACAAUCGUUCUGUUUACUGGAGUAGACCAGCUAGAGGGGAAACCAGUAGAGAUGUUUAUAAAGGGCAGCAGCCAUCUACUACAAGUCAUUAACAGUUGUGGGGACAGAUACCAUGUCUUUAACAACAAGGACAAGAAUGACAACACUCAGGUCACAGAGCUGCUAGAGAAGAUAGAAGAAUUACUGAAUGAGUAUAGGGGUUAUCAUCAUGAGGCAGACUUGCUGACACAGGAAAGGGUUAGGGAAGAGGAGAUCAGGAAGAGGGAGAGGGCUCAGAUAGUACAAGAGGAGGGGAAAAAGAGGGAAGCAGCAGUGAGAAAUGUAAGAGAGGAGGAGGAGAAAAAGAGGGAGGCAGCAGAAAGAGAGAUCAGAGAGGAGGAGGAGAAAAAGAGGGAUGCAGCAGAAAGAGAGAUCAGAGAGGAGGAGGAGAAAAAGAGGGAUGCAGCAGAAAGAGAGAUCAGAGAGGAGGAGGAGAAAAAGAGGGAUGCAGCAGAAAGAGAGAUCAGAGAGGAGGAGGAGAAAAAGAGGGAUGCAGCAGAAAGAGAGAUCAGAGAGGAGGAGGAGAAGAAGAGAAAGGAGCUAAAUGAUCUGGCAUUGAAGGAUGUUGAAAAAUCGUCAGAGAAAAUCUCAGAUUCAGGCAUGAAGUUUAAACUGUCAAUCCUUUUAACAAUUGUCACUUUUAUCAUAUUUUGCUUCUGUAAGUCUAAUGUAUAUAAAUAAGGAAUAAUAUAUGAUAUCAAUACAGAAGGAACAAAAACUGGAGGAGGAAAUUAGACGUAUUAAAGAGGAAUAUGAAAAGGAAAAGGAUUUUUAUUUUUUGAUUUAACCUUUAUUUAACCAGGCAAGUCAGUUAAGAACAAAUUCUUAUUUACAAUGACGGCCUACCCCAGCCAAACCCGGACGACGCUGGGCCAAUUGUUUGCUGGCCUAUCUAUGGGUCUCCCAAUCACGGCCGGAUGUGAUGCAGCCUGGAUUUGAACCAGGGACUGCAGUGACGCCUCUUGCACUAAGAUGCAGCGCCUUAAAACUUUAUAACACAAUGGUGUCUUUUGAAACCUGGUUCAUAAAUCCAAAAGUCCUUAGAGAAUGUGCCUAUGUAUAUAUGUAUGUUGCCGUUAAUGUAUUUCAAGCCUUUUUCACAGUGGCGACCUGUCAUUCAGGGCAGGGGGGGCAGAGCCCCUCCUGUUUUAAACCCGACCCGUUUAGCAAAAGAAAUUAAAUGGUUUUGUUUGUUUGUUGUUGUUGCCUGUUUUGCAUGUUAUUUUGGCAUUAAUACGUGUCACAUAUCAGUUUGCAAACAAUGUAAAAAUAAAUAAAUAAUUGAGUUAAUAAGUCUGCAUACAAA